AUGUCAAUGCGCUGCUGCGGCAUGUUUGUAAGUGUGGGUAUAGUGAGAGCGGAGCAGCUUGACUGGUAUGGCGACAUGGUUCCAAAGACCAUCGUGGGGAAGGUGUUUGGAUCCAUCUGCUCUCUGAGCGGGGUGCUGGUCAUUGCGCUGCCCGUCCCUGUCAUUGUGUCGAACUUCAGCCGGAUUUACCACCAGAGCCAGCGGGCCGAGAAGCGCCGAGCCCAGAGGGCGUGCAAAGAGGCUGCACACUGCCUGGCGGUCAAGCCUCCCACCCCGCCUUUAGAGAGCCAACACCAUCACUUGCUCCACUGCCUGGAGAAGACCACGAAUCACGAGUUUGUGGACGAGCAGACGUUCCAGGCCAACUGCAUGGAGAUCAGUAUGAUGAACAAGUCGGCCUCGCGCUCUUCCUCCCUGUCCUCGUCUCCUCACGGCCUGAGCUCCUGCUGUUCCCGAAGACACCGCAAGAAGAGCAGCUUCAGCCUCCCCAGCACCAACAACCAAGAGCUGAGCACCAUCCAGAUCAGGGAGCGCCCCGUGGCCAACAGCCGCGCCAGCCUAAACGCCAAACUGGACGAGACGAUGCCCUUGAAAUGUGACGACCCGUACAUCUCGCCCGCCAUGGUCAGCCUGCAAGCCCCCGUGGUGACAUCCUCAGAAGGGGGCGGGUCCAGCAGCUCCACCGCCACCGUGUACUCCCAGAGCAACAUAGUGCGAGUAUCAGCCUUGUAG